AUGCAGUUCUCUACUGUCCUUGUUACCCUCCUGCCAGCGCUAGUUGCUGCCGAAACCCUGUCUUCUAGCAAACUAUGCGUUGGUGGUUUCCGUGCAGGUUGCCUUCCGAGCAGUGACGGCAUUCAGCGUUGCCUCAAGGAUCCCAAUGUUGGAGACACUUGUGUCGUCGACUGCCAGUCGCAGUCUGACUGCUACGUUCAGUGCGUCGCCCAGGGUUUUAAGAACGGGUUCUGCACCAUUGAUGGGAGCGGACCUUGCAUCUGCAGCGGUAUCGACGGUGGCGCCGAUGCCUGA